GCCGCCCCGACAGGCUAAACUCCUCGAGCGCAGCAUACUUGUUGCACCAAAAUGACUCAUUCGGAAGACACGUGGGUAGCGAAUGGCUCGAGUCAUAACGAUAAGCUGUCAACUUCCCUUCCGCUUCUAGACCAACCCUUCAUCUUCACAAAUGGCUCCAGCGAACUUCUGCUUCCCCAUUCCACCGGUGUUGCAGAGCGAGCGCGUCAAGCUAGUACCCUUUGACCUCGCUGUUCAUACGAGACUACUGGUCACAGCAUGCUCUGAUGAAAGCCUCUAUGAUUUCGUUCCCUUUGGUCCGUUCAAGAGGGAAGAAGAAUUCAUCACUUCGUUCUGGAACAAGAGGAUGAAAGACAACACCGGAAUGACCAUGUUCGCGGUGUACGACAGAACUAAGCCUGUGGAGUCGGCGUAUGCAGGAGUCAUCGGUUAUCUGAACUCGUCAACCGAAGAUCUAGUCACGGAAAUCGGUUUCGUGAUUAUCGCUCCGGCGCUCCAGAAGACGCAUGUAACGUCCAACGCCGUCGGAAUCCUCAUGAAAUACGCAUUAGAUAUGCCAGAGGACGGUGGUCUUGGCCUGCGUCGAGUAGUUUGGCAAGCCAGCGCAGCCAACAUUGCCAGUGUCAGGACGGCAAAAAGGAUGGGGUUUCAGCAAGAGGGGAUACUAAGGUGGCAUAAAGCAUGGCCUACAUCCAAAUCCCGUGGUGCGAACGGAACCCGCGUGAGAAAAGGGGAUCCUGAGGAGGAGCUAUUUCCGUUGGGACGAGAUACUGCCAUUUUGAGUAUUUGUUGGGAUGAUUGGGAAGGUGGGGUGCGAGCACAUGUUGAGGCGACAAUGGCGCGAACAAAAUAAAUCGCUGUUCCUAUCUAAAAAAAAUCUCUAGUAGCUUGGAGAAAUGCAUAAUAAACACCUACUAGUACCAAUGCAGUAUCAAAAUGUCUUAUUCGGACCAAUUGGAUGCUACUGAGAUGAGAAUC